AAUGAGAGUAACACAACCUGUAGGUAUUGUAUAAAUGACAAAUAUUGCUAUCAUCAAAUAUCGUACAAGUAACAAUCAAAAAUUUGAAAUUGCUUGCUAUAAAAAUAAAGCUAUUAAUUGGAGAAAUGGAGUUGAAAAGGAUUUAAGGUAUAAUUCAUUAAUAAUAAUUUUAGUGAAGUUCUUUAAGUUUAUGAGGUAUUCACAAAUGCUACAAAGGGAGAUGUGGCAUCUGGAAAGGAAUUAUUAUACUGUUUCUAAACAAAUGAUAAAGAUUAAAUUAUUAAGACUAUUCUAGAAAAGGGAGACUUGUAGGUAGGAGAUAAAGAAAGAGAAGCCUAAUUAGAACAUUAUUAUAGAGAUAUUAUUAAAUUCAUACAGGAUAAAUGCAUCCAUGCUACAUCAGGUAGACCAUUAACACAAUAAUCAAUUGAAUAUGCUGUUUCAAAAGUAUAAUUUGUGGUGAAAACUGAUAAACCUGUUAAAUUAUAAGCUUUAUAAUGUAUAAAAAAACUUAAAGAGUGUUUUUACAUUAAAAGAGCUCCAAUGAAAGUAUCUAUCUCUUUUAUAGAUGAAUAAAUGGAUUUAGUGUAUUAGAUGUUAUAAGAAUUAGAACUUAAAGAUAUUGUUCAAUAGAAUAAUAAAUUUAUUGUUAUUAUUGAUCCUUAAUUAUUUAGAACAUUAUCUACAAAAGUUAAUGAUAAAUAAUUUAAAAGUACAUUAGAAGUCAUAGAAGCAGCAAUAAAAUAAUAAAUUGAAGGAAUUGAUAACUUAGCUUAAGUUGAAUUGGAGUAGAGACUAGAAAAAUUAUAAAUUUCAGAUUCAGAGGAUUCUGAUGAAGAAUAAAAUUAGAAAUAAAAACAGAAAGGACCUAAAAAAAACAAGUAAUAAAAAAAAUAACAACUUUAAUAAUAAUAAUAAAUGAAGAAACAAGUUGAAGAAGAAGAAUAAAAUUAAAUUAAAUAAAUAUAAUAAUAAUAAAAAAAAGAAAAUGCUAAAAGUGAUUUAACUAAAUAAUUUAAAUGUACAUAAUGUUUGAUCUCCUUUGAUACAAAUCAAGAAUUUAAAUAACAUUAUAAAACAGAUUGGCAUCUCAAUAAUACUAAAUUAAAAUAAAAUGGAAAGAUAUGUUUAUCAUAUGAGGAAUUUUUAGAUUAUUAGAUCUAAUAAGAAAUGACUAAGUGA